CGAAAGAAUCGCGGCCCAAAAACACGGUUGGCGGCGCCAGGACCCGAAGGACCGCCGUCGAGAGCAUGAUCUGCGAGGCCGACGGACGACACAUGGACGACGAGAGCGAGAUGAUGCUGCCGCCAGAGAUCGCUGCGUCGCACCUCGCCGUGGGCAUGUACAUGGCGCUCUGGCCCAAGAUCGAAAAGUGCGACGGCUACGUGGGCAUGCUCUUGGACACGCAAGAGAGCUUGCAGGAGAAGAUCGCCGAGCUCAUGGGCCUUCUGGAUGGCGGCGCCGACACCACGUCGCCGCUCGUCGGGUACGCGGCGCGCCUCCAGCAGUUUCCGUCGCGCGUCCAAGCGCUGCAAACCAAGCUCGAGGGCAUCCGCGCGCUCCUGGCCUCGCUCCGAAAACCAGACGUCGUCAUACCAGAGCCGCCCAAGGCUGCACCACCCGUUGUGGUGGCCGCCAUCGAUGACGAAGAGGAUGAGCGCGAGGCGUUGGUGCCAGCCCACAACGUCGCGACAGAGGACGUUGCGCCGCAGUAACGAAUGGCCGCCCUGCCUGUCCCGUACACUUCUACGACUACACCCAGAGUCGCUGUGACUCGAAUAUAUCGUCGUUUUCUUACUGUCCUGU